CGAUAGAGAAAUCCCCACCCACGAAAGAGCACACGUGCAAAAUGCAUUUUCCAUUUACAAUACGCGCAGGAAUUAUUCAAUUAGCGGCUUUAUAAGUUGAAAGGUGUAGGCCAAGUUAAUAUCUAGUCUCAGCGUCUAUCUCAGAUAGUAAUUUAUCAGGAAACAAAUAAAUUGUGAUAUAGGAUAAAUAUGGUACAAAACGAUAGUUCAAAUUCGGGAGACGAAAGUAGUCCUCCUGUGAUUCCGGAAAAUCCUGCAAAAGGCAUUGACAGCGGUAAUUUCCGUUUGGUAGGAUGGGGAAUAGAUACUACGGGACGUCGCCUAAUCGACGAGAUCUGUCAGAUCGCCGCUUACACUCCUACAUCGCAAUUUGCCCAGUACAUUAUGCCAUUUGCAGAUUUGAACCCAAUAUUCAGUCGUAAACACAGUAUGCGAGUGGUAAACACAGUGCGUUACAGGCGCCUAAAAGAUUUGAAAACCAACCAAUAUGUAAAAACCAAGAGCGAAAUAUCCGCUUUGACAGACUUCCUCCAGUGGCUAGAAGAAGUAAAAGGUGACUGUGAUGGUGUACUUCUUGUCUACCACGAAAUCCGUAAGGCAUCACCUGGAAUGCUUUUGGAAUCCCUAAGGAGAUACAGUCUGGUUGAGAGGUUUUCAAAUGUAGUCAAGGGAUUCACAAACGGAUUCAACAUUGCCCAGGCAAAGUGUGCAAAUACCACAAAGUCUUUUAGUUUAAAAGUUAUGUCAAAAGUAUUAUUAAAUAAGGAGGAUGAAAUAUUCAGCAAUGCUGUUGAAAGGGCAAGAGCAUCCUACGAUAUUGCGGUACACCUUGCACAAGGUGAGCGCCAGGAGUUGGAAGCCAAAGCUAGUGGAGAUUGCACUGGUCAAGAACCCCACAUUGUUGGGUUCAUGUGUCCAUACACAAAUUCCAUAUCCGCUGAGGAAGAAGAAAUUGCUGGUUUCAAGGUUCUUCUGGAAAUACAAAAUACCUACAGGCCAGUGUUUGGAGCUUUGCUGAGAGCAAGUAAAACUGAAAGACAAAAAGCAAGCCAUUUGAGAAGACUAUUGGCCGAAAACAAUAUAAGCUAUGACAAGUCCAAGGAGGCAUAUGAAAAGAAUGCUAAAGAAGGACUAGGAGAACUCAUUAAAACUGAAAUUGCAAAUGCAAAAGACGAAGAAUUGGAGGAGCUGUUGGAAAUUUUGGACUGCUUCUUUGAUCCGGAGAAAAAGGCUGUGCAGCCCAAGAUCAGGCCCGGCUACAACAACAACAACAACAGAGGGCCGAGAAGGAAGUCGUACAACCAAAACAAAAACUCCACCUCGGAAUCGCACAGUCCGAACGCGUCGAGCGACAAUCCGGAGAGCGCGGAGACCUCUCCGAGAACCGACGCCGAGGUAAAAGUCGAACCAGUUGAAGUGCAAUAGUCGCAGGUUAGUUGUAAUUUGUGCCGACCCCCCCUCCCCCCGCGUUUUCACGAAAAAAUGGAUUUUGUUGUCAGGCCGUUAAAAAACGUGGUAGAUUUAUUAUUAUUAUUAUUAACCAAGACACACUUUCGUUUCGCUUUAUUAAUAUAAAUAUAUUAUCGUUGAUUCAUUUUGCAGAAUUUUGUUUAAUUUAUUUUUAAUAACGAAAGUUGUGAAUAAAUAAUUACGACAUGCAUUGUAUUGAUAAAUAAUAUUUAAUGUUAUAGUUGCAUUUUUUAAGAAAAGAGUUUUAUGUUUAUGAUUCACGAAUUUCGUGAUGGUUUUUUUAUUUUGUGAUAAUAGGUGAUUUGUAGUAACAUUGAUUUAGAGUAUUUUUGUUACAUACCUGUUAUUUAUUAAUGAGUUUAAUAAAGUUUAUAUUAACAA